AUGGAUUCGGGUGCUGCUGAUGACAAGCGAGUCUUGCAAACCUACGGGAAGACCCAGUACGCGCAAUGUAACUAUGCUGACGCGCUCACUGCUUUCACGACGGGGUAUCUGCGAACAGCUCAAGUUCUGCAGCUGAAGCGGAGGCUGCAUGAUGCCCUGCGAUUAUAUGAAUAUGCCUUGAAAUGUGUAGAUGCAAGGGACACCAACCGUCCUAAAAUUGAACUGCUCAAAACGAAGCUGGACAAGGUUUUAAAUCCACCACGACGGGAUCCAUUCGCCGUAUUACCACCUGAGCUGGUUGCAAUGGUUCUACAGUAUUUGAAUUUGCGAACACUAAUAACGUUGCUUCGGGUCUCCAAGAGAUGGGCAGAACUAGUAACGUCCAUGGGCAAAGCCUUUUCAUCCAUGGACCUCUUUUUGGCGAGGAGAACAAUUCCAUUAAUGGCAGUCCGUGCAUAUUUUCGGCGACAUGCUAAUACCAUCGAGGUCGCUACCCUUGAGCGCCUCUCCCCGCAGAAUGCUACGAAAACUUUAACCUGGCUCUCUAGAUGCCCCAAAAUUAAUGACGUUACUUUGAAUAACAAUCUGGCACUACCGACAGAUAUUAGAAUUCUCCAUACAUUCACUGGGCUGAAGAAAUUGAAAAUACCGAAAUUUCCGCUAAGUUUCAUGGAAUUUGACUCUAUUCUCACUAUGGUUACCACGCUCGAAUGCAUUGAUAUUUCAGCAAAAGCCCCCGAAAAGUUGGGGGACUGGAGCUAUUGCUCCCGUGCGCCACGGCUGCGAGCUUUGAAGAUAACGCUGGAUUAUAUAUCAAUCACAAGGCCCUUUUUCCUCGACAGCUCGUUAAGUGAUAGAAUGCCUGCUCUUGAAGAGCUGAGUAUUCUCGGUGACGAUGCAAAGAUCUUGCUUCAUGACCUGGAUACAGAUUUGUCAGGCCACCCAUGUUUACGCGAAUUUUACAUUACCAAUGUCACUUUGGAUGCUCAUAUCAAAGCCCUACCAAAGUCUUUGGAAUGUUUAUCCAUGAUCCUUGUAUCUAGCUCACGCAUGCCCAUCCACAGCUACAACUUUCUGGAAGGCCUCUUUAAUUUAAAGGAGCUAUACUACCACAGGUCCUCUUACGACAUAGACUACAUGCUCGAAAGAUACUUCUCUGCUUUGGAGCCACGCUCGACUCCGAUUUUGACGACACUUGGAUUGUCAAACUGUCAAGCGUCUGCAGGGAAUCUAGUCCCUUUAAUGAAGAAGGGCCAUCUAUGCUCCAUAACCGACUUGAUUAUUUCCGGUAUCAUUGGGGUGGAUGAUAGCAUCACUGAAGUUAUGGUCGAUACAAUGCCAAAUCUAAAAAGGCUGGAUAUGUCGGGCACUAUAAUCACGGGCUACUCGAUCAAGCUAUUAGCUGAUGCACCGAAUAUGAAACUAGAAAAAAUGGCCUUGCAUAGCACUCUCAAUCCAAUUAACAGAGAUGCAUACGAGUAUGGGAAGAGUAAAGGGAUUACAUGGGAGGCAACCAUUACUUCUAAGAUUCCGUGGCUAUCAUAG